AUGGGCUCCACCGACUGGGGCGAGUCUUCUUCUACCAGCGACCGCCGGUUGCUCUUGAUCUCUAACCGACUUCCUAUCACGAUAAAACGAAAAGAGGAAGGAAGCUACAGCUUCUCCAUGUCAUCCGGAGGUCUUGUCACCGGGUUGAGUGGUUUGAGCAAGACGACAAGCUUCCAAUGGUACGGCUGGCCUGGUCUGGAAGUUCCCGAAGCCGAAAUACCCACCGUAAAGCAACAGCUAAAAGAUCAAUACAACGCCCACCCUAUUUUUGUCGAUGAUGAACUUGCAGAUAGGCAUUACAACGGCUUCUCCAACUCAAUCCUUUGGCCCUUAUUCCACUACCAUCCUGGCGAGAUCACCUUCGAUGAGAUCGCUUGGGCAGCCUAUAAGGAAGUCAACAUGCUCUUCGCGAAGACUGUUCUGAAAGAUGUCCAAGACGGAGAUCUCAUCUGGGUCCACGAUUACCAUCUAAUGCUCCUCCCCGAAAUGCUGCGUAACGAGUUGGGAGAUAAAAAGGACGUAAAGAUCGGCUUCUUUCUCCACACUCCCUUCCCUAGUAGCGAGAUCUAUCGUAUCCUCCCCGUCCGUGAAGCCUUGCUCGAGGGCCUUCUGCAGUGCGACUUGAUUGGCUUCCACACCUACGAUUAUGCUCGACAUUUCCUCAGCUCAUGCUCACGCAUUCUAGAGGCACCGACCACGCCGAACGGCGUCGAAUACAGGGGACGGUUUGUAACGGUGGGCGCAUUCCCAAUUGGAAUAGAUCCUGAUAAAUUUGUUGAGGGCCUGAAGAAGCCGAAUGUUCAGGAACGAAUUGCGUCGCUGUCUCGCAAAUUCGAGGGUGUGAAGUUGAUCGUCGGUGUCGAUCGCCUCGAUUACAUCAAAGGUGUCCCGCAGAAGCUACACGCGCUCGAGGUGUUUCUAACGGAACAUCCCGAGUGGAUCGGCAAGAUUGUACUCGUACAGGUUGCGGUACCAUCCAGGCAAGACGUCGAAGAAUAUCAGAACCUCAGAGCGGUCGUUAACGAGCUCGUUGGAAGAAUCAAUGGUAGAUUCGGAACUGUCGAAUUCAUGCCUAUCCACUUCUUACACCAGAGCGUCCAAUUUGACGAACUCUGUGCCUUGUACGCUGUCUCGGAUGUCUGUCUCGUGAGCUCAACCCGAGAUGGCAUGAAUCUCGUGUCGUAUGAGUACAUCGCCACUCAACAGAACCGACAUGGCGUGAUGAUCCUCUCUGAAUUCACCGGAGCUGCCCAAUCGCUGAAUGGAAGCUUGAUCGUCAACCCCUGGAACACCGAAGAAUUGGCUAAUGCGAUCCACGAUGCGGUAACGAUGUCUCCUGAGAUGCGGGAAGCAAAUUUCCGCAAGUUAGAGAGAUAUGUCUUCAAAUAUACAUCAGCAUGGUGGGGCCAAAGCUUCGUGAACGAGCUGACCAAAGUCAGUAGUGCGCAUAGCCAUGGUGUGGACAGCAAAGUUGGACCAGAUGCGAGGCCAAUGUUGAGCAACGAGGUUGGUCGUGCUUUGUCGGGCGUUUUCGAGAGCGUGAAAGCCGCUACUAGCGCGGCUGCCCCCUCCGGUAGUGCGUUGGGAUUGUUGAAAUGA